AGCUAUAAACGAACUAAUGCAUAUAGCUCGUCGCACUUUUCUACAAUGUAAAUAGUUUAGAUUUUUGGAAGUGAACUUAAAGUAAAAUUGUGAACUCUGAACUGAUUAAUCAUAAUGAGUAAACGUUAUUUAUGAGAAAAGAUUUGUUUUGAUAUCCCCUGUAUUUUUCUAUAUUAUGUGUCAUUACAUGGUGCCUGGGGACAUAAUCAAACUUAACGUUGGCGGAACGAGAUUUGCAACAUCUCGCCAAACUUUAACAUGGGUGCCAGAUUCUUUUUUUACCAGCAUGCUGAGCGGAAGGAUAUCAACAUUAAAGGAUGAAACUGGAGCCAUUUUUAUUGAUCGAGAUCCGAAGUUGUUUCACAUUAUUCUAAAUUUUAUGAGGACAAAAGACAUUGACUUGAACAAUAUUGAUAUUACUAUUUUAAGGCAUGAAGCGGAAUUUUAUGGAAUAUCUCCUCUUGUGAAACGGCUCAUACUUUGUGAAGAUUUAAACCGGUCUUCCUGCGGAGAUGUGUUAUUUCAUGGAUAUUUACCUCCAGCUACUGCUCCUUCAUAUGAUGGUGUUCCAAAAAGUGGAGAGCUUAAAGAAUCUACACAUCCAAGAACAGAAAACAGUAGUCAACCAAGUUCAACGAGUAGUAGUAAUGCAGCUGCUGCCGAUUCAAGGCCAGGACUAGUAUUUCGAAUCAUGCCCGACCACCAAAGAACUGCUUCAGUAUCGGCAAUCCGACCACCAGAUGCCUGGCCUCCGCAUUCUUCACUGUCACGUAGCUCGUCGGACAUUCGAAAUAUCGGUAGAGGACAUUCUAGGGCAUCGUCUUUAGACAUGAGACAUUCCAGAAACUCUUCAGCAGAUUUAAGCAAAGCAUUUAAAAAUGACAUUGGAUACUUGUUUAACAGUUCAGGUUCUUGCAAUUGGACUGACCCCCUUCGUGUACGAAUAGUUAAAGGGCACCAUAACUGGAUUGCCGUGGCUUAUGCUCACUUUGUUAGCUGUUAUAGAUUACGAGAUUCUGCAGGAUGGCAACUAGCAUUCAUGAGUCCUUAUAUUGAUCCAGUAGUUGACAGAAUAGCUUUAAAUGCUAAAGUCGUGUCUAAUCCUGUGGAAAACAGUACUAAAAUGCUGGCUAUUGCUAAUAGUUGCCAAGUCAGACUUUGGGGAAUUUCUGAAGAUGGAAACAAGUCAGAAAUUGGAACGUUUCAGUUUACAACACCUGUUGAUCAUUUAUUUUUUAUUGGUAGUCAACUUGUUGCAUUGAGUCAUACUGGCAAAGUUGGAGUUUGGCAUGCUAUGACCCAGCAUUGGCAAAUUCAAGAUGUUAAUCCUAUUACAAGUUUUGACACAGCUGGUUCUUUUUUGCUUUUGGGCUGCAAUGAUGCAUCCAUUUAUUAUAUAGAUAUGCAAAAAUUUCCCUUAAGGAUGAAAGAUAAUGAUCUUUUAGUGACUGAACUGUAUCACGAUCCAUCCAAUGAUAUCAUCACUGCAAUAAGUGUUUAUUUGACACCUAAGACUAGUCUUUGUGGUAACUGGAUUGAAAUAGCAUAUGGCACCAGUUCAGGAACAGUUCGUGUUAUUGUUCAGCAUCCAGAAACUGUUGGUCAUGGACCGCAACUGUUUCAAACUUUUACAGUUCACAGAAGUCCUGUCACUAAAGUUGUACUCUCUGAAAAAUUUCUUAUAUCAGUAUGUUCUGAAUAUAAUCAUGCAAGGACAUGGAGUGUGACGAGAUUCCGUGGAAUGAUAUCAACUCAGCCUGGAUCUACGCCUUUGGCUUCCUUUAAAGUUAUAUCAUUGGAAGAUUUGGAGCCCAAUUUUUCUUACAGCACUGCUAACGACAGUGGUCCUUAUGGAGAGCAAGAUGAUGAACAAGUCUUCAUUCAAAAAGUUGUUCCAGAAACUGAUCAACUUUAUGUUCGCUAUGCUUCCACCGGAAAACGGAUCUGCAUCAUAAAAUCAGUUGAUAAUUCAUCUAUAACAGCAUUUUGUGUUCACGAGUGUGAGGGUUCAAAUAGAAUGGGUUCAAGGCCUAGACGUUACAUAUUUACUGGUCACAGCAAUGGAGCUAUACAGAUGUGGGACCUUACUACUGCUUUGGAUCUUGCAUCUAAAGGAGACCAAAGUUGUAAUUUUACUGGUGGACCUUCCUCUCAUGAAAUGAUUCGUCUUUUGGAUCAGUGUGAUCUCACUAAUUCCCACUGCUCAACGCCAUGUGUCAGCCCUUCUAUUGCGACUCUUGAAGCAAAUUCCAAACUGAAAGCUUCUAACGUAGCUUUUUUGAAUCAUCAAAUUAAACUUUUUCCAGAAUCCACUCAAUCAGAUGAUAGAGUAUUAAAUACAUGAAAAUUAAUCUUUUUUAAAUAAAAACCAAGCUAUAAAUUAUUUUUAUAAACAUUGUAUUAUUUGCUGCCGGCUGUUAUUGAAUGAAAAGGUAAAAAAGGCAUUUGAGAAUGUAAAAAAAGUGUGUUAACAUGUCGAGUGAUAUUUUACGAAACUCAAAUUGCAAAUCAUAGCUGCCAACUUUUUGUGAUUCUUGAGGUUUUUGAAAUAGUAAUAAUUUUUUUUUUUUUAGUUUUUGAGGAUUAUGUCUAACUUUUGCCAGCAUUAUCAUUGGCUCUCAUAUAUGUAUAAUUUGAAUAUUAUAUUUAUUAGGGUGGUUAAAAGCAUUUUAAAUCACAUUUGAACAAAAGAUGAAAUAAAAAAAAUCAUAUACUUUGCUACCAAUAGAAAAAAUCUCUCUCAAAAAUCAACACCUUUGCAUUAUAAUUCAUAGCGGAAGUUAUGUUGAAUGAUAUCUUGAAACAUUCAAAUUGCUGAUCAUGUUAUAAUUCAUAAUGGAAGUACAAGUUUAGUGGUUUUAUUAAACACUAAAUUAAACAUAUAGUAAUUGGCAGUAAAUAUAGAACAUUGAUUAAAAGAGCAAAUUGUUUAAAAUAAAGAGCGGCAGUUUUCAAUGAAAAAAAAAAAGAGCAGCUUCGUGAUUCUAUUCUUUUCCAACUUAUUUUAUCAAAUUUACUGAACUGAGAGUUUCUAGUAAUUUUAAAGGAAU